AUGAAACAAAUACGAUUGGGUCACAGACUCAGAGGAAAACCUCCAAUAUUUUGUAGAACAAUUAAAGAACGCUUAGACGAACUUAAUUAUAAAGAUGAACUAUACACGACAAGAAUAGAUAUUGGAUUUCCUAGGGAUAAGAAAAUAAAAAAUUCACAAAACGACCAAUUGAAGCACAUAAAAAAAUUGAAAAGUGAUAAAGAUAUUGAGCAUUUAGCUCGUAAUCAUAAAUUGGAGAUAAAUUUGAGUGAUGCAAAAAAAGAAUGGUUACAAACAGUAGAGGCAGUUGAAAAACCCCAGGUCACAUAUGAGGCAGACAAAAGCACAUUAUACACCCUGGUUUUGUCAAGUUUAGAUGGACAUUUACAUGAAAAUGAUAAAGAGUAUGUCCAUUGGCUAGUGGCUAAUAUUCCUGGAAAUUCUUUUAAAGAGGGUGAUACUAUUGUUGACUACUUGAGACCUUUCCCACUUAAAGGAACUGGAUAUCAUCGAUAUGUAUUUGUUUUAUACAAACAAAAUGAAAAGGUAUCCUAUGAUGUACAUAAAGUUACCUCUUCAUCACCUCUUGAAGAUAGAACAUUUCAGACUCGAGAGUGGUAUCAAAAGUAUCAGGAUGUCAUAACCCCUACUGGUUUAGCAUUCUACCAGUCUGAUUGGGACUCCACAGUAAAAGAUUUUUUCCAUAAUUUUUUGAACACAAAGGAACCAGUUUAUGAGUAUGACUUCCCACCACCUUAUAUAAGGCCACAAGAAUGGUUUCCACUUAGGAAGCCUUUCAACCUUUAUAUGGACAAGUACAGGGAUCCAAAGGAAGUUAACAAGGAAUAUUUAUUACGUAAGCUCAAAAAAGAAGAUCCUUUCAAAGCUCCACCUCCACCCUUGCGAUUCCCCAAUGCUCAACCUUUACCAGCGACUAUGCCGUCCUGGUUGAAGUUACAUGAAAAGAAAAUAAGAUUAAGGUGGGGAAGAGUAAAUGAUGUU